AUGGCUUCCAAUAUUCUCGAGCUCCCGUUCCGCCGCUCGCACACCGUCUCGCUGUCCGAUGCCAUCACCCAAUACAUAUCGUCCAAAUAUGAUCAGCGCCCCGAUAUGUUCGCCGACGAUCUGAUGAUUAUCGAUCGCCUCCGUGCAGAAGCCGUGAAUGUCCAGGAACCCCACGUCAGCGGUAUCAGCAGGCUGGUCACCUAUGCCGCUCAGCUCAAGUGGCUCGGUGGGAAGUUUCCGAUUGAUAUCGGAGUCGACUUCUCCUGGUACCCCGCGUUAGGAUUUAAUGCCUCGCGACCUGUCUCGCAGAAUAACCUCCGUUUCGAACUCGCAAACAUCCUCUUCAAUCUAGCCGCCCUCUACUCCCAACUCGCAUACGCCCUCAACAGGACAAACGCAGAUGGCCUUAAGCAGGCCUGCAACUACUCCUGCCAAGCAGCAGGCGUCCUCCACCACCUCCGAACCGACAUAAUCCCCGACCUCCGCUCGUCCCCACCCGAAGACAUGGACGAAAUGACGCUAUUAAGUCUAGAAGAGCUCCUCCUCGCCCAAGGCCAGGAAUGCUUCUGGCAAAAGGCCGUCAAGGACGGGCUGAAGGACGCAUCGAUCGCCCGGCUCGCGGCGAAGGUCUCUGAUUUCUACGGCGACGCGGGCGACUCGGCCGUCAAAUCGAAUGCGAUUAGCACGGAAUGGAUCCACCACAUGACUGCGAAGAAUCACCACUUCGCGGCCGCGGCGCAGUACAGGCAGUCGCUGGAUUGUCUGGAGAAGCGCAAGUACGGCGAGGAAGUGGCGCGGCUGCGGGAUAGUUUGAAUUGCGUCAAUGAGGGGCUUAAGGAGUCUCGAUGGGUCAAUCGGACCGUGCUGGGGGAUUUGAAUGGGUUGAAGGGUCGCGUUGCGGAUGAUCUCAAGCGCGCGGAGAAAGAUAAUGAUGUCAUUUAUCUCAGUCCUGUGCCGCCGAAGUCUGAGUUGAAGUCGCUUGAUCGGGCUAGUAUGGUUGCUGCGAAGGCGCCUUCGCAGGUUACGGAUGCUAUUUCUAUGCUGGGUGAUAAUGGGCCGCUGGGUCAGCCUUUGUUUGCGAAGUUGGUUCCUUAUGCGGUGCAUAUUGCUGCGAGCAUUUAUUCAGAUCGGAGGGAUCGCUUGGUGAAUGAGUCGCUUAUUGGCGAGCUUGAGUCUAUGACGGAUAAGUUGAGAGAUCUUUUGUCUUCUUUGAACCUGCCGGGAUCUCUCCAGGCGCUCGAGAAGCCCCUGGGCCUUCCACCAACAUUGGUCUCUCAUGCCGAGGAGAUGCGUCAGCAAGAUGGGUUGAACCGUCUUCGCCGUUCUGUCCAAGAUACAGCGAAAGUCAAGAGCAAUGAUCAUGCCAUCUACAACGAGGGAGUCGAGUUGUUGGCGGCGGAGAAGGCUGAAGAUGACGCUGCUCGUCGGAAGUAUGGCACGGACCGAUGGUCGCGCGAGAGGUCUGAAGCGGCUGGGCCUAAGAUCUACAACAGCCAAACCGAGAUCAGAGGCUAUUUCACAUCGGCCCAGAGCAGUGAUGAUCUUGUGGACCGAAAAUUGCGAGAUUCCGAGUCCGUGUUCCUUGUUCUGACGGGCUCGAACCGGGACCUUGAAUCAUAUGUGCCCAGCAGUCGCAGAGCUGCUAUCCCCCCCAGAGAUCCGGCUCUCCUGAAGGAAACAGCCCGGCUUGAACGGGAGUUCCCCAUGCAGACUAUCCAGGCGAGUCAAUUUGAGGACCUCUUUGAGGAGCAACUGCGCCUGUAUGAUUCGGACCGGGAUAUGCUCGAACAGGAACGGAAGGAUCAGGAUCAGAUUGCGGAUCAGGUUCGCGAGGCGAACAAAGCGUUCACGCGGGCGCACACGGGCGAUGCAUCAACUAAGGAGCGGGAGACGGCGUUGCAAGACCUGGAGAAUGGAUACUUGAGGUACAAGGAGAUUCUUUCCAACCUGGACGUCGGGCGCAAAUUCUACAAUGACCUUGCUAAGAUCGUGGGUCGAUUUCGUGACGAUGCGAAGGCCUUUGUGCACCAACGACGAAUGGAGGCCAGUCAAUUAGAAGCGGAUAUCUCGAAUGUCACAGCGAUGUCUUCAUUGCACAUCUCGCAGCCGCACCUACGCCAGCCAACUCACCAGCCCGCUCGCCAGAUUCACUCCCCACCCUACUCUGCAGCACCCUCGCAGGCCCCCUCGCAGGCUCCUCCGCUUAUUCAUGCCCACCGAACCUCUGAGGCAGCAGCCCCUUUGACAGCGCCGCAGCCGAUGCGGGCCGCGGUUCCCCCAGCCGUACAAUCUCCAGGUGGCAUGUGGUCACCAGAGAUGGGUAUUCGCUUCAAUUCUGCAGCCGCUGUACCUCCUGGCGCCAAUGCAGGACAGAGUGGUGCGUCCAACCCGCAAGCGCGUGGACCAACCAAUACGUGGGACCCAAGUCAGGGAGUGCGAUUUUCCUAG